AGUCCAUUAUAUCUUAGUCCGUGAUUCUGUCUUAAUUUUUAAUAUUUCAUCAGCAGACAGCAGCUACUAAAAUAUCAUAGAGUAAUAUUACUAAAUAAUGAACUCUAUGUACUAAAUUGCUACUAUCCAAAAUGUAAUGUGUUCAAGGAUGUUGUAAACACAAAUCGGAUUUUCUUAACUAUAGUUGAUAAGCCACUCUGCUUCGGGCAGUAUUUAUUUUAUUGUUUACACAUUUCACAUAACGAAUUGUUGAAUCACGAUUAUACUACCGGUGUUAAUUUUUCAGUUAACAAAAUAUUUAUAUUAUUCGUCUACUUACUACUAGGUCCAUCCAUAAUCCAUAAUAAAUUGUAUAUAGUUGUCGAUUUUACAUUAUUUAAUAUUUAUGAGUUUUAUGUUGGACGUGUAAAUACCCWCGACAAAAUGUUCUAUCAUAUCGCAUUGGAACACGAUGUUCUGCUUCAUCCUCGGUACUUUGGUCCACAGUUAUUAGACACUGUAAAACAAAAGCUAUAUCGUGAAGUCGAAGGCACGUGUACUGGAAAGUAUGGAUUUGUAAUUGCUGUUACCCAUAUUGAUAAUAUUGGUUGUGGAUUAAUUCUCCCUGGUCAAGGAUUUGUUGUAUACACCGUGAAAUAUAAAGCUAUUGUUUUUCGACCCUUUAAAGGCGAAGUUUUGGAAGCUGUAGUUACUCAACUUAACAAAGUAGGAAUGUUUGCAGAAAUUGGACCACUCUCCUGUUUUAUAUCUCAUCAUUCCAUACCAUCAGAGCUGCAAUUCUGUCCAAAUACUUCACCUCCUUGUUACAAAUCUAAAGAAGAAAAUAUAGCAAUACAACCAGAAGAUACAAUAAGAUUAAAAAUUGUUGGAACACGUGUUGAUGCAUCAGGAAUAUUUGCUAUUGGUACAUUGAUGGACGAUUAUUUAGGGUUAAUCCAUUAAAACAAGGACACAUGAAAUUAUUAUUUUUAUAUUGUAUACUGUACAUAAUAAUGUAAAAAUAAAAUAAAAAGUAACAG